AUGUCUUGCUGUCAUCAUUGUACCCAAGGCCGCAAUGGCGGCUCCCCAGGACAGCCGCAAAUGCCCAAUACCUCGGCCCUCUACAGGAUCGACAUGCACACGCACAUCAUGCCGUCGUCGUUGCCGGAUCUGUCGGCCUAUCCGCGCAAAGACCCGACCGACCGAUGGAUGGAACUGAAGCCCAACGAGCAGGAGCCAUCCAAGGUCGACAUGUAUGUGGGCGGCAACUUCUUCCGCACGGUGGAAGAGAACUGCUUCGACGCGGAGGCGCGACUGCGCGAGAUGGACCAGAUGGGCGUCGACGUCCAAGUCCUGAGCACCGUGCCCAUCUUGUUCUUCUACGACGAACCCGCCGCCCCGGUGGCCAUCCUAGCGCGGGCUUUGAACGACCACAUCGCCGACAUCUGUCGCCAGCAUCCGCGGCGGUUUGUUGGGUUGGCCACGCUGCCUCUGCAAGACGUCGAGGCGAGCACGGCGGAAUUACGGCGGGCCAAGAGUCUGGGGUUGAAAGGCGUGGAAAUCGGUACCACCAUCGGCGACCGAAACUUGGAUGAUGAGGCGUUGUAUCCGUUCUGGCAGGCGUGUCAGGACCUCGACAUGCCCGUCUUCAUUCACCCCUUGGGCUACUCCUUGUCGGCGGAGAAUCCCAAGCGCUGGGCAAAAUACUGGGCAUCAUGGCUGGUGGGAAUGCCCAGUGAAACGGCGCUCUCCAUCCUCGCCUUGACCGCGUCGGGCGUGCUUAUCAAAUACCCCAAGCUCCGACUCUGCUUCGCACAUGCCGGCGGCGCCUUCCCUGCCCUGCUCGGGCGCAUCCAACACGGCUACGACUGCAGACCCGACCUCGUCGCCAAGGAUGCCGGCGGUAUCACGCCGACACAACACCUCACAUCAGGAACCAACAUCUGGAUCGAUAGCCUGGUCCAUGACCCGGAUCUCCUGCAAUAUCUGUGCCAGAAGAUCCGAAAAGACCGGAUCGUCAUGGGCAGCGAUUACCCGUUUCCGCUGGGCGAGGUGCCCGAGGCAGGGAAGAUGCUGGCGUCGGAUGACCGGUUGACGGCCUUCCUGACGUGGGAGCAGCGAGCGUACAUGCUGGCUGGAAGCGCGAUUGCAUUCUUGAAGCUGGAUGGCGAGUUUGCCGACAGGUAUCGUCGUGGUAUAGACAUGGCUCGCGAGCAGGACAAGUCAAGAGAGGCGGUACAGGACAAACCAAGAGAGGUGGCAAAGGACACUUUCAGGGAGCCAGUAUCGGCCGAACCUGUGACGUUCAAGGAUUCGCACCAGGGGUCGAUAGUGUCCACAUUUCUUGUACCAGGUGUUUGA